GUGCAAGUUAUAACUUCUAUGAUAAACAAUUGCGUCGGAUGGUCGCCCAUUUCUCUUGUGUCGCAUAAAUUCGUUAUCAACGAAAAAGGUUUCCCUGCUACCGCUAUUGGAUGGGGUCUUGAUAGAUACAAUACAAGAUACCUUUCCUAUCAUCUACCGAAGCGCCCUCUUGUGGCUUACGAGGGCUUAAUAUUUCCUAAAUCUUGUCCUAAACAAGGAGAACACAAUAAUGAGGAAUAUGAGAGAGAAUUAAAUGUUAAAAACAUGUAUUGCUUAUCACUUCCAUAUAUGGGAGAUAAGAAAGAUACGGCUCACGGUAGCCUAUUACUAGUUCAAGGAAAGUUAAUGGCAUUAUCUUUACAGAAGGGAAAAAGUAAUCGUAACGAAUCAACAGCUCAAUACACAGGAGUAUGGAGGCUUGUUCCUUGGGUAUUAGAAGUUACAAGAAAUUCAACUAAUGAUACAUUAACUACAAAAAUGAUUGCUAUAUAAUAUUCUGAAAAGUAACCGACUUGUGAAAAUCUUUUGUGUAUCGUGAAAAUUGUAAGCUUGUUCGAUUUUUAUUUAUUUUGUACGUUUUUUGACAUUUUUAUUGUUUUGCGAAU